AUGGGUCAAAACUGGGUUCAACAAGGACGUCGGCGCCCCCAGGGACCAUCCCAGGGUUGGCGGAACCACCAGGGACCCUCCAAGGGACGGCGGCGUCCUCAUAGAAAAUCCCAGAGGAGGCGGGGUCACCAGGACCUGCCAGGGGCGGCUGUGACCCCAGGGAACCUCCCAGGGGCGGCGGUACCCCAGGACCUCCCAAGUUGCAAAAUGGGACGUCGGCGCCCCCAGGGACCAUCCCAGGGUUGGCGGAACCACCAGGGACCCUCCAAGGGACGGCGGCGUCCUCAUAGAAAAUCCCAGAGGAGGCGGGGUCCCCAGGACGGCCAGGGCGGCGUGACCCCCAGGAACCUCCCAGGGCGGCGGUACACCCCAGGACCCCAAGGACGGCGGUGCCCCCAGGCCUUCCAAGGGCCCUCAGGGACCCCAAUGGGGCGACGGCUCCCAGUGACCUUUCCAGGAGCCGCGGCGUCCCCGGGGUCCCUCCCAGUGGCGGCGGCUAAAGGCGUAGGCGCCCUGAGUGACCCUUCCUGGGGUGGUGGCACCUCUAAGGACCCUCCAAGGAACCGACACCAGGAACCACCCCAGGGACCCUCGGAAACUCUCCCAGAGACAGCUGCGCCACCAGGAGCUCCCAGGGCGACAGAGUCACCAGUAGACCUCCUAACGGUGCCGGUGACGGCGCCCCCAAAGAGCCCUCUCAGAGGCAGUGACUAUCCCAAGGGCGGCGACGCCCCCAGAAACUCUCCCAGCGACGGCGCCGCUCCCAGGGACCCUCCCAGGGGCGGUGGAACACCCAGGGACCCUUCCGGGGGCUCAAGCGCCCAAAAGACCCUCCCAUAG